ACUGCAGUGUUCAUGUCGAACAUAGGUGUUAAGGGGAAUGAUUUAGGAUGAUUGGUAAUUCUCAAUCCUGCCGAAUUUACUGUUUAUUGACAGUUAUCAAACAGCCAUGUCAGAUCCCUCAGUAAGUUGAUACUAUGCGAUAAUUCCAGCUAAAUGAACCAUUACCGCGCGUGACGACGACCCAGCUCGUGUGUUUUGAUGACUUCUUGCUAGCAGGUCACGUUAGCUUGAUUCACCUACAUGAGGCAGAAUGAAACCUAGCAGUGUUUCAUUUUGGUUAAAUACAUUCACGUCUCUGGUUUAGCUGCAGAUCAAUUCAAGAUACAUUGUUGCAAUACGCAAGAAGGACGCAGAUAAGUCAGAAAUGGCUGACACAACAGCAUACUCUCCUGGAGAUGACAUGGUGGAGAUGAGUCGCAUCCACAUGGAGCUGGAGUACACAGAAGGCAUCAGCCAGCGAAUGCGCAUCCCAGACCGCCUCAGCGUGGCUCCGGGUGUAGCAGUGGACCACCCAGCCCAGCUCCGGGAGCUUCCUCUGACCACAGCCAUGAUGCAAGUUCCUGACCGGAUAGUCGUGGCAGGUGAGAGUGGCGACCCCGGCAUGUACAGCCGGCCCAGAGACCUGGACCUGAUCCAGUCCACCCCCGAGGAGUCUGUGGUUCUGAUGGCACUGCCGCAGGUCCUCACCCUCAACGAGCAGCCACUGGACUUCCUGGAGCCAGAGCCUUCGCCGUCCAGCGCCACGCCGCAACCCGAGGAGCCGCCGACUCCCAGGAGGUCCCAUCGAGGUCGCUGUGCGAGCGAGAACUCGGUUGUCCGUCAUCGUGGGCCUCCAAGCAAACAAGUAGCCCUGUGUCCCGCUCCUCCUGUGCGUGCAUGUCCCCCUCUCGUGACUCCAGAGGAUGCCCAAAAUCUCUACAGCGCCACUGGCAUUCUGACCUACAUCCAGUGCACCACCCGCCGUGCCUAUCAGCAGGUCCUCGAAGCCCUGAAUGACCCCCAACAAAGGGUUUGUCACCCAGCUUACGAUCUAAGCUUGGAAACCACCCCUGAGGACUGCUCCCUGGUUGACGCUGCCUCUCUAAGACGACAGAUAGUGAAGCUGAACAGGCGUCUUCACCUGCUGGAACAGGAAAACAAGGAGAGGGCGAGGAGGGAAAUGAUAAUGUAUUCCGUUGCCGUGGCUUUCUGGCUUGUCAACACAUGGGUGUGGUUCCGUCGUUAGUCAUCUAAAGCUCCAUCUACUAUACAUUCUCAGUUCUUGUCAUGGCUCAUACUCGACCAGAAAUCCUAAAAUGUAGUUAUUCAUCGAUGUGCUUCAUGUGUAAAAUUAAACUCAACAGAAAAGCUAUUCUUGUUGUCCAAGUAAGACCUAAGAUGGGAAUUUGUUAAUAUUGCUACUAUAUUGGUAGAAUGAUUUACACUAAGCUAAGGAAGGUCUGAACAACUGCACAAUGCUGUAUUUUGUUUUGUUUAGCAUUUUGUAUCUUCAAGGCAAAUAUCUGUGCCACACAUGUACCAAACUCCAUGGAAAGUACAUACGGCGGGAGGAAAAAAAGUAAAUACACCCGUUGAAAUACCUUACAUAAUGUAUGUAUCUGGUAAGAAUAGCUUCCUUGAGGUCAUGCCAUAGCAACUCAAAUUGACUUUGAUAGGUGAUAUCAGAACAUGUGACAGAAUAUAUAUUCGAUUUAGUGUGUUUAUAUGCGGUUCAGUAUCCUGAAUAUAAGGCUUAUCCUGGAUAUGAUCAAAUUCGGGAUAAGGUGUUUAUAUGAGUACAGUGUGUUAUAUCACGGUCUACAUUCUCGGCCGUUAUAGAGUUCUCCUCAAAUGCAUGCCGCCUGGAUACCAGCAACAGCGUUCUAUGGGAAGCCUCGUACCGGGAAACCGGGAUUAAGCUUUUCUAUGGGUCAAUAACUGUUUCUUUUGGAAUACCCCACCUAGCAUAUCUCAAUUUCUCAAAAUCCCAAAUAUGGGCUUACUUGGGAUACUGACGUCAUUAAAAGGUGUUUAUAUGUUCAGACACAAAUUUGAAAGACUUCCCGAUCAUAUUCGGCAUACUGAACUGCAUGUAAUAAACGCAUGAAUUGUUCUGAAACCACUCUAAAGUCAAUUUGCUUCUAUGCUUGGGUUAUUGUCCAGUUACUGCACUCAUCCUCUUUCACGCUUCAAUUGUGUGACUAUCUCAGGUUUUUGUUAUGUAAAAUGUCUCAAUAAACUUGAACGUUCCAUUGAUGGUGGUAAGCUGUCCAGGCCCUGAGGAUUUGGUGAUAGUGUGCUAUUCCAUUUCUCCACACAUACUGUUGUGUGUGAUGUUGUGUUUUUGCGUGGUGACCACUACUUGGAACAGAAGUUACAUUGCUGAAAAAUUGCUGGGACACACCGCCCAAUCUGGCAACACUGUUUGCAUCUUAUGGACAAUGAAAAUAUAACAUUGCUAUUUGGGUGAUAUUAGUUUGUUAUUUUUUCAGAUUUUAGGGAAAAAUUAGACCAUAUUUUAAAUGUAGAAGGACCAUAUUUUAGAUCCAGAAAGUAGAUAAUAAAUAAGUAAAUGUAAAGAAAAAUGAAAUGAAGGAGUUGAAAGAAGAGAUAAGUAGAAAUGUCAAAGCACAACAAGAAUGAUUGAACAGCUCUCGUUUGACGUCAGCUUUGGAAGAAUUAGACUCAAGGUUUCCGUUGAAACGUGUUCAGGAAGAUGUUCUUUUUUAAGAAGGACUUUUCUUUGAUGGUAGUACUUGUCAGUUGCGCUGAUUGGUCAGAGCGUUGGCCUAUACGCACAGACACGGUUUGAAAGACAACGGGUUGUUCUCAUCAACAAUCUUCGGAUGUAUCAUUCUUCGGGGCCAGACUAAAUUACACAUCCAAUCUCACACUUAGUCUGGUUUAUCAGACUAAACUUUUAUUGCAUUAUUUUCUUUGUUUCUCCAUAAUGCAAUAAAAGUUAACUAUUGCAUUCGACAUUACGGUGUGCAAGUUUUCCUUGUCUGCAUCUAAAUUAGACUUGCACCAUUUCAUCUUGCGCAUUGUGUGUUAAAUGUCCUAGUGCUAUCUUUCUGGAAAUUCAUAGCUUAACAAAGCUCUGUAUGAACAUUUCAGUUAAUUCCCAUACAUUCCUGUGCAAAGUUUCCCAUUUGAAAAUUCCCUUUUCAACCCUAUUUGUACUCUUAUCUGGCUGAGAACAUUCGUCUAGUUUCAGGGGUUGUAAUGUGCAUGAGCAUGUACAUGACUUGCACAAUCAUGAGGUUUCAUUUUAACUUAACUGUCAGGAAUGAUCAAUGUGAAUAGGAUGCUCUUUGUACACUGUACAUUGCCAGGAAAUAUAGCUAUUGCAUUAACUUUGAUUAUUCUGGUCAAUGUAUUGUGGGAAAAAUGUACCAUUUUGUUAUGUCAUUUGGUAAUGGACAAAACAGCAUGUUUGUUGUAUUGUGCAAGUGUUUGUAAAAAAAAAGUUGACAUUCCAUGGACUCUGACUUAACAUAUUUAUUGAUCAUUGACACUGCCAUUCAUGCUCCAUAAAUAUUUUGUAAAUAUACUGUAAUUUAUUAAACAUGAAGUUGAUGUAAA